GGACAGAGACAGCCACGCUGGGGUGUAAGGAAAGAGAGACAGCCACGCUGGGGUGUCAGCAUGGGGUCCGUUUGGCAGUCGGUGCAGGAUUUCUACACGUGGGCUUUGGAAAAUGGAGAUAGCCGUACAGACCCUUGGCUCCUGGUAUAUUCCCCAUUACCAGUGAUCCUGAUUUUCACUGUUUACCUCGUGCUUGUGGCCCUGGGACCCCGGCUGAUGGAUGGUCGGGAACCCUUCAUUCUCCGAUCUGUACUCCUAAUCUAUAACUUGGCACUGGUGGUUCUCUCUGCAUACAUGUUCUAUGAGUUCCUUGUGACGUCCGUAUUGGCUGGAUACAGCUAUUUAUGCCAACCUGUGGAUUACAGUAACAGUGAGCUGGGCCUGCGGAUGGCCCGUGUCUGCUGGUGGUUUUUCUUUUCCAAAGUCAUUGAGCUAUUAGACACAAUAUUUUUCAUAAUGAGAAAGAAGUUUAAUCAGAUCUCCUUCCUUCACGUCUACCACCAUGCAACCAUGAUCUUUAAUUGGUGGGCUGGUGUGAAAUACGUGGCUGGAGGGCAAGCCUUUUUUAUUGGCAUGUUAAACUCGUUCGUUCACAUCUUCAUGUACCUGUAUUACGCACUCGCUGUGCUUGGACCAACCGUGCAGAAGUAUCUUUGGUGGAAACGCUACCUUACAUUGCUGCAGCUGACCCAGUUUGGAGCAAUCGCUCUUCAUUCCGGCUACAAUCUUGUGACCGAUUGCCCCUUCCCAGAUGGCUUUAAUGGGGCUGUGUUUGCAUACAUCGUGACCCUCAUUAUUCUCUUCCUGAACUUCUACUACCAGACUUACCUGCGCAGGACACAAAGAAAGAAACUGUGAGGAGCCACCAAGGGCCUGGAGAGCAAGGACCUCUCAGAACACCUUGUUAAGAGCAAGAUAACUUUGUACUGAGUGCAAGGGUCAUUACAGCAGGUUUAUUUACCAUGAUAGCAACACGGAGAGACUCUAGCUUCCUACAGCUUGUGCUGGUGAUGAUAUAGUGUGUGGGGACUUCAUAUAUAUCGCAACACACUGUAAACUGGAAAACCUCAUGUCAUGCUGUUUGGGGAGUCUUUAAAGUGACACCGACUGGACUGUUUUUGCGAUGUUGUACAUUUGCGACCAGGCC